GAAAUCUUUGAACCAUUAAUGAUGAAUCAUACAGAAAGUAGAGAAAUUGUUGUCGUGACAUAAUAAAAAAAGAUCUCUGAUGCAACGACAUAUCACAAACGGGGGUAUCUCCUCCAGGUGGACACGACUACUUUUCUUUUGUAGUCACGCUCCAAACGGAAUUGUUAUUUUAAUAUUCCGUGAUGGUUAUACGAAUGAUAUGAUUAUUAACUAUUCAAACAUGCAAUGAUAUGUGGGGAUCACCGGAUCAGAGAGUGGUUGUAAAUAGUAAAUACUGAACAGUAAUUACCAUCAGAAAAUACGUAAUUGUCAUCUAAUGACCCUUAAGUACUCGUGAUUAAGCUUCGUGACGUAGAUGGGACCCACAUUCUAAACCUAAAAACUUAAAUUUCUCUUGCCGUACCAUGGUCCACACGCUGGAGUCAACACCAGAGUCAAGCGCGUGAGCUCAAACCCAUACGGACAAAGAAUUUUAAAAACCCUAGCACAAGUGAGCUGUGUGGGACCCACACAGCCAUGUGCCCCUCCUUCCUGUCUCCACCAGCUUCUUCUGCUCCUCUCUAAACCAUUCUUCUCCUCGCCCCUCCUCUCUUAAUUCUUAUUCCCCACAUAAACUGAACUCCCAAAUCCACCGACACUCCAUGUCGAACGACGACGGGACAGUGACUAACGGCGCCAUAGUCGAGCACACGUCAGCAGCUAACAAAGGAACUCUUAACGCCGUCAAGAAACCACCGGCCAAUGACCGACACAGCAAAGUCGACGGGAGAGGGCGGCGGAUUCGCAUGCCAGUCAUAUGCGCGGCUCGAGUUUUCCAGCUGACGAGGGAGCUAGGUCACAAAUCCGACGGCCAGACCAUCGAGUGGCUCCUUCGUCAAGCCGAGCCUUCUAUCAUAGCCGCCACGGGAACAGGCACAACUCCGGCGAGUUUCUCCACCGCUUCUCUCUCCACUUCUUCCCCGUUCACGCUAGGAAAGCGCGUCGUGCGAGCGGAGGAGGGAGAAUCCGGCGCCGGAGGUGGUGAAUUAUCGGUUGGACACACGAUGGGGGCUUCUGGUGGUGGUGGGUUCUGGGCGGUUCCGGCGAGGAAUGAUUUCACACAAGUGUGGAGCUUUGCCGCCGGAGCUCCGCCGGAGAUGUUGUUUACACAGCAGCAGCAACAGCCAGCUACACUCUUCGUCCGACACCAGCAACAACAGCAACAGGAAGCUUCUGCUGCAGCUGCAAUGGGUGAGGCUUCAGCAGCUAGAGUUGGGAACUAUCUUCCGGGUCAUCAUCUCAACUUGCUUGCUUCUUUGUCGGGUGGGAAUACCGGGUCGGGUCGGAGGGAGGAGGAGGAUGACUCACGUUGAAAAAAGGUUCCAUUUGGGUAUGUAUAGAAAACUCGUGUGUUUCAUGUCCUACUUUUGUGUUCUUUGUGCUCCAGCUUUAGUUAAUUUAAAGGUUAUUAUUAUUUGUUCGAUUAGGGAUUAAGAAUAUUUGGUCUCAGAAUUUGUUUAAGAGAGUGACAGUGAGAUGGAUUGGUUGAUUGUUGUUUACUAAAAACGCGAUAAAGAAGAGCAACAAAUGGCUCUUUGUA